AUGAGCCCAAUACAAACACUUGCAUUUCCUCUUGUUCUUUCUUCAGUUUCUCGUACUGUUCAUACUAAAGGAGAGACCGAAGACUUCAGAAGCAAAAUUAAGGCUGAAGCAGUAAUUAAGAAUAUCAAUGAAUUCCUCUAUGUAAUUAGAAGAUUACAUAAGCUAGUAGAUAUUAAGCCGAUAACUGAUGUGUGUUUGUUUAGAGAAGGAGUUCAACCCAUGUGGGAAGAUCCAGAGAAUUUAGAAGGAGGGAAAUGGAUCUUUAAAAUGAGGAAGAAUACAGCUGAACAACGGUUAUUUGAAUCUCUUAUCAUGUGGAUGGGAGCAUGUCCUUUCAAAACAAUGAUUGUGAAUGGAGUUUUGAUAAGUGUUCGAGGUCAUCAAACUAUUUUAUCUCUUUGGACUAAGACUUGUCCAGGCAGUCCAGCUGAAUUUGCAGCUCAAGAAGCCGAAAUUCGUGAUGUUCUUAAGCUUAAGCAGAUGAUUCCAGUUAUUUUCAAGGGAAAUGAUGAAUCUUUGCGUGAUCGGUCUUCCUUUAGACAACCCGUCAAGCCGACCUCUUAA